GUCUUUCUUUCUUGAAAUUAAUAUAUUCAAUAGCCCAAUUAAUACUAUCCUUAUUCAUUCUAAUAACUGAAAAGAUCACGGUAUCAGUCCUGACAGCGGAGCUCCUCCCAUCCACCAAUCAGCGACCCGCAGCGAUCUCCCGUUCUCAUCAUCGUCGCAUUCCAUACACUAUUACGACUCCAUCCUAACUCAAUUCUCUGUCUCUGUUGACUUAUCCAACAAUCGAAAGGGUUAUAUCAACCUCUCUACAGUAUCUCAUUGUUCGUAAAGACGACUUAUCUCUCUCCACCAUGGCCAUCAACCGUCCACAGAGCCAGUCCCCCGUGGACCCCUCAACAUCAAUGGAGACCAAGCCUUCUGCCUCCGAUGUAUCACCCGUGGUUCCCAAACACGUUAUCUACAAACUCCUCGGCUUCACCGCCGCCAUGAUCACCACGCCCAUCGGCAUGUACUUUGUCACUGUGGAUUUUGGCGGGUCCGCUACUGUCGGGGGCAUCACGGCGGCCAUCACGGCCAAUGUCGUCCUGUUCACUUAUAUCUGGGUGGCUUGGCAGGAUGACAAGGAGGAGAGGGAGGCGUUGGCGGGGAAGAACGAGAAGAAGGCGCAGUAGCUGCAUCCUUUCCCCUUCUUUUCUCUUUCCCGCUUAUUCUUUUUCUGUUGAUCUAUUUAUUGAUUGUAGUGGGUAAUGUCUAUGUGGUCUAUGGUCUGGCGUUGUGGACUUAGCUGCUUUGAUUGAUUGAUAUCUUGUUUAUUGUUGAGGCUUUUCCAAAAUGUUGAUUUAUAUAUGUAGCUCAUG